CCUCGGCAAUCAAGAGUGAAAAGUGCUAAACGAAGCGAAUAGUUGUAUAUUCAUUUUGCUGAACACUGGUUCGAUUUAGUUGGUUACAUUUCAUCGUUCAUCGACAGCAUUUCCUUUUCGGUUGAGGAGGACCUUAAACAUACAAUCGGUAAAGUAUAAAAAUAUUCAAAUAGCAAAGUUAAUACCGUAUGCGCGUUAUCUUUAGCGCUGCAUCACAUAUGCAGUGCCAUGGGCUCUGUGGAAGAAUGUUUGAAGUACGAAAACUCUUCGUUAUCCUAAACAAAGCGUUCGCCGUAGAUAUUAGGCUGAGGGCGAUCUUACCAGGUUAUCGUGAGAAAGGCCUCUUUUGGUUUUCUUUAGAUGGCGAACAAUCUCUCAGUCCUAUUUCCUUAAAAGCUUCUAACCCCGGGGGCUACUCAACAAGUUUUAUAAGGGAAGGCUCCUUCCUAAGUCCAACCCCUUUUGAAGAAAUAGGUACCUUUAUUCACCAUACAUUCAUACACAUAACCUAUUACAUAAUUACAAGAGAGGAGAUCAAGCAAGAAUUGUUGAGCUUUUAGAUGAUCUCCGCUGCAUUCUAAAUGGAUGUAAGGCAUAGCAUUCUUCGAAUUCCUGUUUUAAGAAACUGUCUAUGAAAAACUAUUUCUUUUUAAGCCGGGAGUAAAAUUACAUACAGACUUUAUUCUAAAACAUUUUAUACGAACUUAAUAUGUUUCUUAUAUCUGGAGGAAUCCGGGUUGUUUCAAAUAGUUGCUCCCUUAAAACCUAGGAAGUAUUUGCCAUUAUUUUCCGAACUUUAAUUGCUCAACGCAUUUAAACAUUUGAAGGAUCUUUGAACAAAAGAUGGGCUGCAUGCAUGGUAUGUUUUCUUUAAUCGCAGUCUAAUUAAUUUAAGAUACUUGUAGUUUGCAGCUCUAUUAUUAAAGUUAAAAUAUCAAAAAUCCCUCACUGCUUUUUAUGUUUAUUAACGCAGUUUGCGUGUUGUAUUUCUUAUUAAAAUAUGCACAUUGUCUUUAAGGAUUUGUUUUCUUUGCGACGAAGAGUGGCUUUAGUCAUCUCGCCUAAUCAGAGAAACUAUAAUUUGCUAGCAGUUUUGCCCAUGAGUACUCUGGUUUCCGUUAUACUGUUCGGCGUAGCUAAAUUGUUUUUUUUUUUUUUAAACAGGUUUCAAGACUGUUUUCUCUCCGUAACCGAAUGGCGGCUAAAAUGUACUCAGAAGAGCAGCUAAACUACUUCCGGGUUUGUCACAUAGCCACUGAUAUACUGCCACCAGCUUUAAGGUCACUGUUCAAGCAGGAAUGGGACAAUUGUUACAAGGCAACUUAUGGAGAAUGGAAAGACACGCCUCAAAAUGGAUUGGACUUCAAAAACGGUGAAUCUCCUGCUAAUCAAAGAAAAAAUGCCCGAUUGUUAGCUACAAUGAUAAAUGGAGACAGAACAGAAUGGGACUGUACUAUGCUAUUUUAUGCCAUCCUGUAUUCUGAUUCUAUCGGAUAUGGACUGAGUCCACUGUUCAGAACCAAUGUUGAUGAUCUCAGAAAGUUUCGAAAUGAAGGCUUCGCUCAUAUGACAGAAGGCCAGCUCUCAAAUGCAGAUUUCAGUGUCACUGUUGCAAAAGUUGAGAAAGCAUUUCGAGCUCUUGGCCUGUCUACCGCUAGUAUCCAAGCUGUAAGUAAGCAGAAAAGUUUUCCAACCGAUGAGUUGCAUAAUGUGAAGACAAGUAUUCAGAAACUUACUCAAGACCUUCAGACGAAAGACGCCGAACUUCAAGACAAAGAUACUAAAUUGCAGGAGAAAGAUGUGGCGCUUCAGGAAGAAAAAAAUAAGUUACAAGAGAAACAUGCCGAGCUUCAGGAUAAGGAAGAAGAGCUUCAAGAAAACAAAGAGAGGCUUAGAACUACGGAAGAACAGCGCAAGGUCUUUGAAGAGCAACUACAACGUGAAGUACAACCAUUUUGCGUCCUUCCACCCAGACCUCCCCAUGUGAUUGCAUGUCGCGACUGUGAUGUUGCUAAAGUAACACAGACGCUGUUAAAGUUAAGAAAGGCUAGCGAGAACAAAUUAAGUUAUUGUUAUAUUACAGGUAAUCCUGGGAGUGGCAAAUCCCAGCUGGCUGGACUGGUUGCUGAAAAUAUCUACAAAGAAGCACGGAAAGACACGAGUGCUCCGUCAUUUGUUAUGACUUUAAAUGCUGAAAACUUAGAAUCACUUUUAGCAUCAUACUUAUCACUGGCAAGAAAAAUAAGCUGUCCCGCGUAUACUAUAACUGCCACCGAAAACUCUAAAGAUUUAAAUAUUGAAGAGAAGGUAGCCAUUAUCAAAGAUUUGAUUACGACCAAAAUUCACCUUUACUCAUCUUGGUUCUUGGUGAUUGACAAUGUCACAAAUCUGGCUAGAAUGGGUCAGUUUUUUCCUAAACGUGGAAAUGAGCAUUGGAGUAAAGGCCAGCUACUAAUCACAACGCAGGAUUGUUCCUGUAUCCCUCCUGAGAGUCCAUUCACCUCUCACCUUUCCAUAAGCAAAGGCAUGAACGACACUGACGCUGCCGACCUUCUCUUCGAGCUCACUGGAAUCACAGACGAUGGUAUGGGGAAAAAGGUAGCGCGCGCUUUGGAUUACCAGCCACUUGCACUAGCCAGCGCAGGAAUCUACGUGAGAAAGGUACGAAAAACCAAUCCAGACUUUGGCUGGGAAGGGUACUUGAAAAAACUGGAAAAAGGGAAACGUGAACGUACUGAAGAAGAACUUACCAAAGUAAACAAUAUCUACCCGGACUCUAUGACAGAAGCGAUUAGGAUAGCCAUUCAAGCGGAAAUUGAUUCUAAUAAAAUAAUGAAGCAUGUUUUCACUUUCCUUGCUUUUUGUGCACCAGAGCCAGUAAGGCUAGACCUGUUGACCACUUACGUUGUAAAUGCUGAUGGAGAGUUGGAUCAAGAGGAAAUAGGCAUUCAGAUCCAAGGGUCCUCCUUGCUGUUAAUCGAAAAUGAGGAUGAUGUCUUCAUUCGUUUGCAUAAUGUAGUAUACACUAUUGCCAAGAAUUUAGUUAAAGAAGAAAUGCACCAAGCUGAUGAACAUGUCCGAGUUGUUUGUGUUGCGGUGGAGUCAUUUAGUAAGUUUAUAAAAGAAGCAAUACCAAAGAUCCUGGAAAGUAAAGAUUCUGUGUGUGAAAGUAGGCAUAUUGUUCCACACUUGAGAACUCUAACUGCCGAAACUAAAAAUAUUUUCUUUACUACAGAGAAAUUCGGUUUUAUCAAAAUCACUAUUGAAGAAUUAUGUAUAACUGUGUAUGACUUUCUCGCGCUUGGUCGUGUUUGCUAUUCCAAUAGUGAGUACCAAUCAGCAAUGGACUAUUUCAGUGUAGCUUUAAAACUCAGCGAAGACAAAGAGCACAAGACACUGACCGAUCACUUAGAAGAGGCGGAAAUAAACCAUAACAUGGGUAUCGUACAUAACGACUUGGGUGACCAUCAACAGGCUAAGGAGUAUUAUGAACGUGCCCUGUCCAUACAAUUGAAAAAGCUUGGAGCCGACCAUGUUGACGUCGUAUGUACGUACCAGAACAUGGGCGUCCUACAUCACGACUUGGGUGACCAUCAACAGGCUAAGGAGUAUUAUGAACGUGCCCAGUCCAUACGACUGAAAAAGCUUGGAGCCGACCAUGUUGACGUCGCAUUUACGUACCAUAGCAUGGGUACCCUACAUCACGACUUGAGUGACCAUCAACAGGCUAAGGAGUAUUAUGAACGUGCCCUGUCCAUACGACUGAAAAAGCUUGGAGCCGACCAUGUUGACGUCGCAUGUACGUACCAGAACAUGGGCGCCCUACAUCACGACUUGAGUGACCAUCAACAGGCUAAGGAGUAUUUUGAACGUGCCCUGUCCAUACAAUUGAAAAAGCUUGGAGCCGACCAUGUUGACGUCGCACGUACGUACCAGAACAUGGGCGUCCUACAUCACGACUUGGGUGACCAUCAACAGGCUAAGGAGUAUUAUGAACGUGCCCUGUCCAUACGACUGAAAAAGCUUGGAGCCGACCAUGUUGACGUUGCAUGUACGUACCAGAAGAUGGGCGUCCUACAUCGCGACUUGGGUGACCAUCAACAGGCUAAGGAGUAUUAUGAACGUGCCCUGUCCAUACGACUGAAAAAGCUUGGAGCCGACCAUGUUGACGUUGCAUGUACGUACCAGAAGAUGGGCGUCCUACAUCGCGACUUGGGUGACCAUCAACAGGCUAAGGAGUAUUAUGAACGUGCCCUGUCCAUACGACUGAAAAAGCUUGGACCCGACCAUGUUGACGUCGCAUUUACGUACUAUCGCAUGGGUACCCUACAUCACGACUUGAGUGACCAUCAACAGGCUAAGGAGUAUUAUGAACGUGCCCUGUCCAUACAAUUGAAAAAGCUUGGAGCCGACCAUGUUGACGUCGCAUUUACGUACCAUAGCAUGGGUUUCCUACAUCACGACUUGAGUGACCAUCAACAGGCUAAGGAGUAUUAUGAACGUGCCCUGUCCAUACGACUGAAAGAGCGUGGACCCGACCAUGUUAACGUCGCAUUUACGUACCAUAGCAUGGGUACCCUACAUCACGGCUUGGGUGACCAUCAACAGGCUAAGGAGUAUUAUGAACGUGCCCUGUCCAUACAAUUGAAAAAGCUUGGAGCCGACCAUGUUGACGUCGCAUGUACGUACCAGAACAUGGGCGUCCUACAUCACGACUUGGGUGACCAUCAACAGGCUAAGGAGUAUUAUGAACGUGCCCAGUCCAUACGACUGAAAAAGCUUGGAGCCGACCAUGUUGACGUCGCAUUUACGUACCAUAGCAUGGGUACCCUACAUCACGACUUGAGUGACCAUCAACAGGCUAAGGAGUAUUAUGAACGUGCCCUGUCCAUACGACUGAAAAAGCUUGGAGCCGACCAUGUUGACGUCGCAUGUACGUACCAGAACAUGGGCGCCCUACAUCACGACUUGAGUGACCAUCAACAGGCUAAGGAGUAUUUUGAACGUGCCCUGUCCAUACAAUUGAAAAAGCUUGGAGCCGACCAUGUUGACGUCGCACGUACGUACCAGAACAUGGGCGUCUUACAUCGCGACUUGGGUGACCAUCAACAGGCUAAGGAGUAUUAUGAACGUGCCCUGUCCAUACGACUGAAAAAGCUUGGAGCCGACCAUGUUGACGUUGCAUGUACGUACCAGAAGAUGGGCGUCCUACAUCGCGACUUGGGUGACCAUCAACAGGCUAAGGAGUAUUAUGAACGUGCCCUGUCCAUACGACUGAAAAAGCUUGGAGCCGACCAUGUUGACGUUGCAUGUACGUACCAGAAGAUGGGCGUCCUACAUCGCGACUUGGGUGACCAUCAACAGGCUAAGGAGUAUUAUGAACGUGCCCUGUCCAUACGACUGAAAAAGCUUGGACCCGACCAUGUUGACGUCGCAUUUACGUACUAUCGCAUGGGUACCCUACAUCACGACUUGAGUGACCAUCAACAGGCUAAGGAGUAUUAUGAACGUGCCCUGUCCAUACAAUUGAAAAAGCUUGGAGCCGACCAUGUUGACGUCGCAUUUACGUACCAUAGCAUGGGUUUCCUACAUCACGACUUGAGUGACCAUCAACAGGCUAAGGAGUAUUAUGAACGUGCCCUGUCCAUACGACUGAAAGAGCGUGGACCCGACCAUGUUAACGUCGCAUUUACGUACCAUAGCAUGGGUACCCUACAUCACGGCUUGGGUGACCAUCAACAGGCUAAGGAGUAUUAUGAACGUGCCCUGUCCAUACAAUUGAAAAAGCUUGGAGCCGACCAUGUUGACGUCGCAUGUACGUACCAGAAGAUGGGCGUCCUACAUCGCGACUUGGGUGACCAUCAACAGGCUAAGGAGUAUUAUGAACGUGCCCUGUCCAUACGAUUGAAAAAGCUUGGAGCCGACCAUGUUGACGUUGCAUGUACGUACCAGAAGAUGGGCGUCCUACAUCGCGACUUGGGUGACCAUCAACAGGCUAAGGAGUAUUAUGAACGUGCCCUGUCCAUACGAUUGAAAAAGCUUGGAGCCGACCAUGUUGACGUUGCAUGUACGUACCAGAAGAUGGGCGUCCUACAUCGCGACUUGGGUGACCAUCAACAGGCUAAGGAGUAUUAUGAACGUGCCCUGUCCAUACGACUGAAAAAGCUUGGACCCGACCAUGUUGACGUCGCAUUUACGUACCAUAGCAUGGGUACCCUACAUCACGACUUGGGUGACCAUCAACAGGCUAAGGAGUAUUAUGAACGUGCCCUGUCCAUACAAUUGAAAAAGCUUGGAGCCGACCAUGUUGACGUCGCAUUUGCGUACCUUAGCAUGGGUACCCUACAUAAUGACUUGGGUGACCAUCAACAGGCUAAGGAGUAUUAUGAACGUGCCCUGUCUAUACAAUUGAAAAAGCUUGGACCAGACCAUGUUGACGUCGCACUUACGUACCAUAACAUGGGCGUCCUACAUAAAGACUUGGGUGACCACCAAUAGGCUAAGGAGUAUUAUGAACGUGCCCUGUCCAUACGACUGAAAAAGCUUGGACCUGAUCAUGUUUACGUCGCGCGUACGUCUCGGUUAUUAGGUGAUGUCCAGCGUGUUUUGGAUGCCCAGCAGCAGCUGGCCCUCAGAAUUGAUGACCGUGUCCAGUUUUUUCAGCGAAAAAAUCAUAGAUCAAAAACAUGUAAUAUUGUGUAGUUAUCAUAACUUACUUCGUUGGUUGAUUGUCUCUGAUUUUGCUCAGUAAUGGAUCAGAAAGAUUGUUUGAGUUAUUUAAUUGUAUUCUGCGAUUCUGAUUGGCUAAAAGCACACGUUUAAUUGACCAUAACCAGUCACUGAUGACCAAAUUUGGAAGAAAUUUAAGAGUUAAUGAACGAGGCUGAGUAUCUUAUGAAGAAUUAUGGAGAUCGAGGAGGGUGUUGAGAUCUCCAUAAUUCUUCAUAUGAUACGAAAGCCGAAUUCAAUAACUGUUUUAUUAUUCAUUCAAAAUAAUUCCAAGUUUAAAAACAUAGCUAAAACAUGCUUACUUCCAUCGAUCCAUCGUUGUUCAGUUCAUCUUCGAUAGUGUACGUUUAGGUUUGUUCAGCUCCGCAAAUAUUCUCCAAAUAGCAGAUGUCGCCCUUCGAGUUGUCUUCUUGCUGUUCUUGCCGUGUUUUUAGCUAUUUUUUCGCCUAGUUCUUACUCUUGAAACGAGUGAAAUGUCCGCCAUUUUUUUAAGUUCACAACCAAAACAAC